AUGUUGCCAACACCAAUUAUUGGGAAAAUCGACUAUGAAAAGGUAUACGAACCUUCAGAGGAUUCAUUUUUGCUUCUAGAUUGUUUUGAACAGGAGAAAGAUUUUAUACAGGCCGCAUUUAAAGAGUCCAUUCCAUUCGUUACUGAAAUCGGAACUGGUUCUGGCAUUGUAACUACGUUUAUUGCUAAAAAUGUGCUACCAAAAGCUAUGUUCCUAGCAACAGAUAUUAAUCCACAUGCAUGUAAAACUGUGAUAGAAACCAUGCGUUGUAAUAAGGAAAAUCCCCAAGAUGCUUACUUGAUCGACUCCACUCAGAUGAGUCUCACGUCAGCCGUGAGGCCGCACACUAUCGACAUAUUAGUAUUCAAUCCUCCUUAUGUGCCUGCAUCAGAGAUUCCUGAAAUACCUACGCAAGAUGAAGAUCCAGUAUGGCUUGACUUGGCGUUAGUUGGGGGCGAAGAUGGGAUGGUUGUGACAUGGAAAGUAUUAGAUUGUUUGGAACAAACUUUAUCUUCUAAUGGGAUUGCCUACAUUUUAUUCUGUGCAAGAAAUAAACCCGAAUCCGUUGCCGAAAUAAUGAGAGAACGAGGCUGGAAUGUCGAAGUUGUUAUACAUAGAAAAGCUGGCUGGGAGGUACUAAGUGUAUUGAAGUUUUCCAAAGGUAAAUAG